AUGGGGACCUCUACAAAUCACAACGUAUAUGCCCAAGAUACUCAAGGCCAAGCACAUAUAGGAUCCACUAGAAAGAGAUCUCAUAGGGGUGGAAACUUCACAGUGGAAGAAGACAAUCAACUUGUAUCAGCUUGGCUCAAUAUUAGCUUAGAUGUAAUUCAAGGAAAUGACCAAAGAGCCACACAAUUGUGGAAUAGAAUUUAUGAGUACUUCAACAAGUACAAGAAGCCAUUUAGUCCUGAACGCUCUGUGGCCUCUUUAACAAAUCGGUGGUCAACAAUCCAAAAAAGUACCAAGAAGUUUUGCAGGUUCUUAUUUCAGAUUGAAUCAAUGCAUCCAAGUGGUGUUGACGAGCAAGAUAAGAUUCAAAAGGCAAAGAAUAUGUAUCGAGAAAACCAAAAGGCAACAUUUCAAUUUGAUCAUUGUUGGUAUUUACUAAGACAUCAACCAAAAUGGCAGACACAUAUGGAUCAAUUGAGAUCUAGGAGGAAAUCAAAAAAUAUCACACAUUCUCCCGAUACUACUCUAGAGUCAAUACAUCUUGGGGAAGAUCAUUGCUCAGAGGAGGUGUUUGUGGACUUGGAGAGACCACAUGGUACGAAGGCUGAGAAGGAGGAGAAAAAAAGAAAGGCUCAUGAAACUUCACUUGUAGAAAUGUUGAGUGAAUUGAAAGAAGAGAGGAAGAUAUUGAAUGAGGAGAGGCGGGAAGCGCUUAGAAUUGCAGAGGAAGAUCGGCAAGAGUUGCUUCGCAUCAAGAAAAGAAAGCUUGAGCUAGAGAUCAUGCUGAUAGAUAAAAGAAAACUAUCUCCUAUGCAACAACAAUAUAUUCAUGAACGCCAAUUGGAAAUCCUCGCAAAGUAUAGGACUACAUUGUCAUAACAAUUGGAAAACCUUUGUUUUGGAACAUUUGCCAUGGAUGUUAUUGCUUUCGAACAAUUUUAUUUUCUUUGGAUGCUAUUGUUUUGGAACAUCUUUAUUUUCUAUGGAGGCUAUUGCUAAGCAAUUGUUCAGAUCUCA